CGCCGAGACCUCCCCGCCGCGCCUGCAGCCUCGCCUGGACCGGCGGCGCCGCGGGCGGGAGGGAAUGGUGACAUUUGACUACCGGCUUGAUUCUCCUGGGAGAUCUGGGCACGGCUGCCCGACAAGCAAGGAAAGCUGACCCCAGAAGCGAUGACGGAGAACUUGGAGGCACUCUUCUCUCUGGGCUACCCAGGGCCCCAACUGGACAUCAUUGUCAAGGUGGAGGAUGAGGAGGGGCUGUGGGUCUCUGCUCUGCCGGACGCUUUGGGGCAGGAGAGCCAGGAGAAGCCCCAUCGAGGGAGCGCGGCCUCAAGCAGGUCUGGGGAGCAGCGCCAAGAAGAAUGUUCUGGAAGCUCACCGUUGUCAAGUGAGCGAGAGAGCAGAGUGGGAGAGGGGGCACUUACAGCUCCAGAGGGACCCACAGCCCAGGAGAAGCAGCUCAUGGCCAGGCGGAGCCGUAGGGGGCCCCCGUAUCCAUGCUCGGGGUGCGAGCAGACCUUCCAGGACAAAAAAGACCUCAAGAAACACCAGAAAGUUGUUCACAUUGGGGAGAAGCCUCACGGGUGCACCCAGUGUGGGAAAACUUUCCAGUUCAGGAGUAACUUGAUUGUCCAUCAGAGACUCCACACUGGAGAGAAGCCCUAUUCCUGUGACGAAUGUGGGAAGACCUUCCGGUGCAAGAAUAAACUUACCAUCCACCAGAGAAUCCACACAGGGGAAAAGCCCUACCCCUGCCUGGUGUGUGGAAAAACGUUCAGGGGGAGGCACCCACUGACUAUCCAUGAGAGAAUACACAGAGGAGAGAAGCCCUAUUCCUGCCAAGAGUGUGGGAAAUCGUUUCGGGACACCAAAGGCCUGAGGCUCCACCAGAGAAUCCAUACCGGAGAGAAGCCUUACCCUUGCCUGGAGUGCGGGAAAAGCUUCAGGUACCGGAACAAAUUCAAAACCCACCAAAGAAUCCACACUGGAGAGAAGCCCUAUCUCUGCCUGGAGUGUGGAAACUCCUUUCGGGACAAGAAUCAGCUCAUAAUCCACGAGAGACUCCACACUGGAGGGAAGCCCUUUCCCUGUAACAUCUGCGGGAAAGGGUUUAGAGAAAAGCGAACUCUGAAAUACCACGAGAGAAUCCAUGCAGGGGAGAAGCCUUUUACUUGCCAAGAAUGUGGAAAGGCUUUCAAAUUCAAGAACAAACUUACAGCCCACCAGAGAAUCCACACCGGAGACAAGCCCUAUCCCUGCCAAGACUGUGGGAAAUCCUUCAGGGACAAGCGCGAUCUCCGAGUCCAUCAGCGAAUACACACAGGCGAGAAGCCCUUUUCCUGCAAGGAGUGUGGCAACUCUUUCCGGUACCGGAACCAGCUGAUUGCCCAUGAGAAAGUCCACACUGCAGAGAAGCACGAUACCGAGAAUCUGAGAAUCACGAUCUUGGAGAAUCACAAUGAGCAGAUCCACGGGGAGUCCACGCAGACGAGAAACCUCAGCCCUGUGGCAGACUUUGAGAAAUCCGUAGAGGUGGCCGUGAUUUCAGAGUAUCACAGGGAAGUUAUUGUUGGAGAGUCUAAGCCAGAAAUAAACUUCCCACCUAAUAUGGGGAAAGCUUUAGGGGCAGAAGAUAUCCCAGAGAAUAACAGAGACCAAGGCGUCAUUGAAGAACCAAAGUCAGAAACGAGCAGCAUCACUGCCGUGACUGUGGGGGAACCCACAUGGGAGGGGGCCCCAAUUAUCAUGAAGAAUGAGGAGGAUACUUCAGACUAGCCUGAGAGGCCACUAGAGAAUCCAGAGCACCUAGAUAUUGACAAGGUGGUAGGAGAAUAUUCAGAAGUGAGCAUGAUUUUGGAAUACACCUAAGAAUCUACUCAAGAAAAAAAGUGUCUCCUAUUAGUUUGUGCAGAAAUCCCUGCAAGGUACCAGAGAGUUUAUGCAGCACAACACGACUCUGCCUGUGCUUUCAAGCUACUGGUUGGAGGAAGCAGGCAAUAGGCCACUGGUGUCUCCUUUCUGGCCGUUUGCCCAGACCCUGUUGGCUGCUGCUCUUUUAACAAAGCAGGUUGCACUAGGAAGCUCUUGGCCUGAGCCAGUCAGGUGCAAGAAUGCAGGCUUAGGUUCCCUGCUUCAUGCCUUAACAACUGAGGGUUCCCGAGAACAAAUUCUGGCUUGGAGAAUUCAGAACAUGUGGGUGGGCUGUGGGGGCUUCUAAUGAAAGAUGAAGGGAGCCCACCUAAGAUAGGUCAGCCCCACAAACAACCACCCACUCAGAGGAGCCUGGUGGCGGUGCAGGAGAGCUCAA